AUGGUUUUCCUUCAGACAGAGAUGUGCUGGAAUGUACUGAUCUCAGCUGGUCAGCUGAGCCCCAAGGGUCUGCUGCUCCGCAAGUCUAUCAUUGUGCGUCUUCUGGAGGACGUAACCAACAGGAAGGCCUCCAAGGAGCAUGGCUACUACAUUGCUGUCAAUGGGCUGAAGGAGAUAUCUGACGGGAAAAUUCGUGAGCUGACCGGAGAUGUUCUUUUCCCGGUCACAUUCACCUGCAUCACUCAGAGGCCUAUGAAGGGCGAUAUCUUGGUCGGCUCCGUGGAGAAGAUCCUCAAGCAUGGCGUGUUCCUCAAAUCUGGGCCGAUGGAAAACAUCUUCAUGCCGGCGAAGUCAAUGAGCGACUACAAGUACAUGGGCGGUGAGAACCCCAUGUUCAUGAAGGACUACUCGAAGCUGGAGAAGCACACCAUCGUGCGCUUCAAGGUCAUGGGGUUCUGCUGGAUGGAAGCAGAUCGCCAGUUCCGGCUCCUCGCGACGAUGGCUGGUGAUUUCCUUGGGCCGCUGUGA